CUGUUCGACUAACGCCAGUUGAUCUAAACGCCAGUAGAUCUGGAACACCGGGUAGAAGUAUAGAGCCACAGGUGGAGAGACAGCCAGGCAAAAACGGAGCCGCAAAAGAUCCGUAGCAGAGUACUGGAGAAGAGCUGUCGUCGGGUGAUGAAAAAAACCCCAGGGUAGGGCUUUACUAUGGGUGGGCGGUCUCUGCAGGGAGUGGGCUUGCCCGGCGCUUUUUAAUCCAGAUACGCACCCUACGUUCGGUAGGGUGCGUAUCUGGAUCCGGAGCUGACACGGCCAAGAGGGGAAAGAAGACACACCACCCAGCAACAUGACUGCACCCAGCAACACCUACGACGUUAUAGUGGUCGGCGCGGGCAUAUCAGGUUUGAGUGCUGCAAAGCUGUUGAAAGCCAGUGGGCUCGAUCCUGUAGUGUUGGAAGCCAGAGACCGGGUUGGUGGUCGUACCUUCACUGUGCAGAAUAAGGAGGCAAAGUGGGUUGAUCUAGGCGGUGCCUACAUUGGACCGACACAGAACCGCAUCCUCCGUCUGGCCAAAGAGUAUGGCAUAAAGACCUACAAAGUCAACGAGCAGGAGAACUUGGUGCAUUAUGUUAAUGGAAAGUCUUACCCGUUCAAAGGCUCCUUGCCUCCCAUGUGGAACCCCAUCGCUUUGAUGGACUUCAACAACCUCUUUAGAACAAUGGAUAAGAUGGGCGAGGAGUUGGUGGCCUACAAGAAGGGCAUCAUCCCCCGGAGUUAAACCACCCUGUCGUCUCACUCCUCCACAUCUCAAGGGAACACGUCUCAAUAGACACUUGUGUACUUCUAGUGCUUUAUGGGCCCAAACUACAGAGUAGUGACCUACAUAGGGUAUACAUUGUUUUUUGAGAAACACCGUGAUGUGAGAAGGACUGCUCAGCUCAUGCAAAAACACUAACACACUGUUACUCUGUCCACAAACGAAAGAGAGAAUGAAGCAGGUGAGAAGGGCUGACUGAAAGGUGUUUGAGAGGAGGGACGAAAGCCUAACUUCAGUUUAAAACAUGCAGACUCAGAUUGUGAAACCAAUGAAGGAAAAAAGAUCAGAAUCAGUUCGUAAGGGGAAACCUUCUCUGUCACUAUUACUAUCCCAUACAAUGCCAAUGAAAUCCACUGUGUCGAUUAUAUGUGAGUUUAUAAAAGUCGCCAUGCUUACUGUGUGUAUGAGCCUCGUCUGUGUCGCAUGCUUCGGUGAGCAUGCGUUCGUGAGCGUGUGGUCAUCAAAGUUUCUGUACAAAGUUGCGAGCGCGUGUGCAUGAGUUUCCACUGUGUGUCUAAUUACCGCUGCCUAUUUUAGGUGCCAAUUUAUUCUGGCCAAGCAGCCGUAGCUGUUUGACGAAAUCCAGUGACUUCAGAAGAGAAAAGAGCACCUAAAGUGAGUUGGUACUGCGUGAAAUGGGCAAUGUUGUUUCUCUUAAAUUUUAAUUUUAUUUAAAUCCCAAAGUGCAAAUUAUGUGCCCUAAUAUGAAAUUACUGAAUUCGUAUAGCUAAUUGUCUCCUUCAUGGUGACUCCUUUAAUAUAAAUCCUCUGUUUAAACUAUAGUAAGUCUUAGGUAUCAGCAAACACGGGCUACCAAAUAUGGCCACCAAAAAUUAAGACGGUGCCAGUCUAAAUGCUGAACCCAUAAAUUUAAUAAGAAAUCCUUAAACUAAUGGUGACAAUAAUGAUUACCGUAUUAUAAAGAAUAAUUAAACACUUCUCAGUUAUAGUUACUUGUUGUUUUAACUCUUUACCCGCUUGUAUAAAUCGACCAGGAGUGACCUUGAAUGCUUCAGGCUUAUAGAACAAAACGACUGGUGUGCAUCAUAAGUUAGUGCGGGUGGUCUCUCCCUGUGCAACUAGACUUAGAAAAACCCAGAAACUGUUCUGAUUGUCUUCAAACCACAACUUUAUUGAUAUAUGCUGAGGUGUCAAAACUCAUCAUCAAGGCUACAAAGGGGAUGUCGUCAGUGUCUCUUUAUGGAGUAAAGAGUUAAAGUUUAUCCAGACUGAACACAGAGCAGGUACAGAUGUUCAACAAAUAGUUAUGUUUUCUAUAUUUUUAAUCUUCAAGUAUACCAAAUUUUUCAUAUCCAUAGAUAAAAGUGUGCACGUUUUAUUAAUAAGAGCUCAGAAGUGGGGCUAGAAGGUGAAUGCAGCUUAGCUUUUUGUGACUUCUCAAACAAUCUAGUUUUUUCCUGUAGUUUCUCUUCAACAGGAACUCUAGGCUCACGUACAUAAGCCAGGAAGUGGUAAGACAGACCAGUUCACUGUUAGAAUUUGUGGGAUUUGUUGACAGACAAAAAGAAAAACUCAUCCUAAGAAUGAGAAGAGUCAGCCUUAUUCUUUUAAUGGAAAUGUAGUGGUGUCCAGCUGCUAGUGUGGUAAUCUAUCGGUCAGUAUGACGGAAGCAUUUGAAUGUAUUUUCCUCACACUAGAUAACACAUGCAUGGUGGUUUUGCUAAGGUAAUCACAUUUUUCACUUGUGUAUUUUUACCUUUUCACAUUCUCACUUCAGAUAAACACGAUCCCACCGGCUCUAAGGCGUCCUUGUAACAACUGUUUUGAUUUGUUUAGGAAAAAGGAAACUGUCUUUUAGAGAAACUUUAAAGAAAUGACAUUCUUGCUGAAAAACUGACUCGCUGCAACAAAGGUUUAAGUACUGGCUGCUCAGCAAGCAGUGUCAUCAGCAAUCAUUUGUCCGGGUAAAAUCAUUUGUCGGGGGUGUAGAUGUGAAAGCCAACCUGCUGCACAGUCCUCUGUGUGCAGCUCUUUAUGCCCACUACAAGAAUCAUGCUGUUCUUGUCCCAAAGAUGUUUGUGAGUGUAGUUUAUCUGUUGUGCCUUAAUGGAAAUUGUAACGUUUUUGUCAUUUUAUCGCAAGUGCCUGUGACUCUGACACUCUCAGCCCUCAUCCCUCUUUCCUCCCCCGCCUGCUCCGGAGGUGAGAGGUCAGAUGGACCAGGUCAUCGGUUCAAGGCAUCAUCUGCGCUCAUUAACAGGGGUCAGCAUUGUGUUCAAGUGUAUCCGAAAACCUUUCAUUUUAAAAGUUCCCCUUACCUGAGUUAUGUCCUCACUGCAAACUUGACUCAGGUAAAGCCGGGUGUAAAAACACAGCAUCAGAGCUCAGACUGUUGAGGUGAUCCCUCUGCUUAUCUCUGUGUCCGUGUGUGCUUCGUGUUGUCCCUGCAGCGCUUCUUCCCUCGUUGUGGUGUCCCUCUCCCGUCUGACCCUCAGUCCCAGUGCAGGUUUUAUGUGCAGUUCUAGAAGUAAUGAUUGAAUAAUAAUGUCACUUUUUGAACCAUCACUAAAAGUGUUUGAGUUUAUGGUUGGCUGAACAAACAAAGCCAGCAAAUUCCAUCCACCCUGUAGAAAAACAACAACAACAAACUACAGCACUCACAACAAACCAUCAGCAGACGUGAUGCAGCGUUAUUCAUUAUGGGGUUUUUCUGGAGAUACCCCCCUUCCUUUGUCCCUCUGUGCAUAUGAGCCUUCUUAACUAUUCCUGUGACCUGCUCUUUGAUGUCUUUGAUUCCUCAUACAAAGCUGGUGAUAUUUAACAAAAUGUGAAAUAAAUCUUUUACUCGCCUUAACCUGA